GCGAAAAGUUUAUCGGGAGGAGGAGCCAAUAUAUUCGUCGUCUUGCCCUCUCUUUCCCGUCCAGAGCUUCCCCUCGAUCUCCAUUUUCUCUCUAAAACCAUUUCUCUCAUUUUUUUUCUCUGAAACUAUAUUCUUUCUCACACACACUCUUCGUGAGAAUGAAAAAGUGGUACACCUUCAGUGCUGUGAGAGAGAUCGCCGAGAUUUGGGCAAAAGACGCCGGCGGUAAAGGACAGAACUUCCGGCGGAAGUUGUGGGGAACGCUCUCAAAGGCCGGGUUGAUCGCCGGAACGGCUGAGAGCAUGGCCCAGAUCGGCGGCGCGGUUGCUUCAUCUACUAAGCACGGCUUCCGUAAGACGGUCGAGAGCAUUCGUUCGCGAUACGACGCACAUCCCUCAACUGCCGAAAUGUUGAAGAGAAUCGAUGAAAAUGUGCUGGAGCUGCUGAAAUACCACAAAAUCAUGGAAAGAAGUUCGCAAGAGGAUGGGCGUCAGGGCGGCGGCGGCGGCGGGAGCCUUCCGAUCAAAGGUGGCGGCAGCAGGGGAGGUGCUGAAGAGGAGAAGAAGAAUGGAGAGAAGGGCACCGGGGGAGGGCCUGAUGAGAAGAAGAAGAAGAAUGGAGACAAUGGGAAAAAUGGCGGCGGUGGAGGAAACGGCGGCGGCGGCGCCAAGGAGCCCAGCAAUGGUCACAAUGGUGCGGAAAAUGGGGGGUCUGAUGUUCCCCCGCCGUUCCCCUUCGAUAUGGACCUCUACUGACUAGUCAAGAGCCGCAGGAAUAAAUGCAGAUGUCGAUUGUGGGAAUGAAGAAGAAUAAUUUUGGCUUUUUUGUUUCAUUUCCUCGGAUCUGUUUUUUUUUAAAGCUUUGGCUGAUGUGUUGUUUGAAUGAAUGAAUGAAAAGGAACUAU